GUGGGUGGAAUCACUGGAAUGUCCUUGCACUUGCUAAGCCCCGAAAUCACGACGUCCGACAACGACGGCAGCCACCAGUUUUAAUAUUUUCCGAUGUUUGGUUCCCACAUCAAUAAAAACUAUUUGGCGGCUAAUAAAAACGAUUUGUACAUGUUAAACGAUCACCAGACAACGUGCACCGCGAUUUCCCGGUAGGUAGUGUUCGGUUUCGGGUCGGCCGCGCAAAAUGCAAGCCAUCAAGUGUGUCGUAGUCGGCGACGGAGCGGUUGGUAAAACAUGUUUACUCAUUAGUUAUACAAGCAAUGCAUUUCCUGGAGAAUACAUACCUACUGUAUUUGACAACUAUUCAGCCAAUGUUAUGGUUGAUGGAAAACCUAUAAACUUAGGAUUGUGGGAUACUGCUGGUCAAGAAGAUUAUGAUAGGCUUAGGCCUCUUUCAUAUCCACAAACAGAUGUGUUUCUUAUAUGUUUUUCAUUAGUAAAUCCUGCUUCAUUUGAAAAUGUGCGGGCAAAAUGGUAUCCUGAAGUUCGACAUCAUUGUCCAAGUACUCCAAUUAUUUUAGUUGGUACAAAACUUGAUUUACGAGAAGAUAAAGAAACAAUUGAUAAACUGAAAGAAAAAAAGUUAACUGCUAUUACAUAUCCACAGGGUUUAUCAAUGGCCAAAGAAAUUGGAGCAGUGAAAUACUUGGAAUGUAGUGCUUUAACUCAAAAAGGUCUAAAAAUUGUUUUUGAUGAAGCCAUUAGAGCAGUUUUAUGUCCUGUACUGCCAGUUAAGCCAAAACGUAAAUGCACAAUAAUUUAACAAUCAUGACUAUGUUGUCACUGGGACUUUAAAUCCAAAUGGAGGAUUGUCCAAGACUGAUAACUGUCAGUUCACCGAUCGAUACACAUUUUGUUGGUGUAUAACAACUAACAAAAACAAAAGUUCUUCCUGCAAAAUAAUAGAGCGCACAUAAUAAUUAAAUUAUGUAAUAUAAAGUAUGAUAAGAAAUUUAUAUAUUAACUAGGGACCUUUAAUGCUGUUGAACAAACUUAUGGCCUAAUUUUAUAGUCUAAUCAUGUAAUCUAUAGCUUAAUCAUUUUUAUAAAGAAAAAAAUAAUAUAUAUAUAUAUUUAAAUAAUCCAUAAGUUAAUUCUCUAAUUGUAAAUUAAUACAAACCAAUUUUCAUUGUGAAUUUUUUUUUUUUAAUUAUUUUACAAUUUAUUUUCUAUUAAGUUGCUUGGUGCUACUUACUUUCUGUAUCUUUUAAUAUCACUAUAAUUUUUUUUUUUACUCUAAUGACAUUGCCACAAUAUAUGCUACUGUGUAUGGUAAUAAUUUAUAAUUAACAUAAAAAAAAUAAAUCUACAAAAUACCAUCAUUCAUUUUGGAUAUCUUAUAGUUACAUGAUAAAUUGUAUAACGUUGGCAAUUUAUUCUGAAUUGUAAAAAUAUAAGCUAAGUGAUGUAAUAUUGUUACAGUUCAAUAGUAGCAUGGUUAUUUUAAGUUAGGCUGUAAUCAAAAAAUUAUUUAUUUAUCUCUUAAGCUUUAUGGAUUUAAAAAUAAGCACUGUGUGCUUAUUAUUAUUAUUCUCAAUUAUUUAUCAUGUAUAACUGACAUAAAUGCAUUUUCCAGUGGUUUAGAGUAUAAAAUAUUGUGUAUAUAGAAAUUAUAUGAAAUAUGUACAAAAGCAACAAAACCUAUAGUAUCAUUUUUGUAAUAUUUGUUAUGUCUAAAAAAAUCAGAAUUUUAAUGUUAUUUUUUACUGAGUUUCUUUAUAAAAUGUUGUUGGACUACUAGACGCAUGAUAUUUAUUAUAUAGUCAUGUGUUUUUUUUUUUUUGUACGAUAUCCAUUUUUUUUCUUUUUAUUUUAACCUUGUAAUUUCUAAAUAAAUGAUAUAUCUUGUGUAAAAAAGAUAGUUACUUUUAUUUUUCAACCCCAUAUUUAUGACUUAAAAGAAUGUAGAGUCAUUACUUUCAUAAAUAAAUGAUGUUUUAUUGCAUUUUUAAUUUAUAUUUUUUAUUACUAAUUGAACAUUUGUAUUUCUUCUUUAUUAAUGUCUAAUAUAUUUAAGAAUACAUUACUAUCCUUUAUACCUUGAAUAGCUUAUUAUGAUCAUAGAUCUGAUGCGAAUUAUUUCAAAAUUGUAACUGUUAAUUAGCAAAAUGUAUAAAAUAAAUUAAUUUGGGACCAGUUAAAAAUGUUUGUUUAUUAAUUGAAAAUUGAAAUUGUGGAAAAUUAAUUCAUUCAUUAUGAUUUAUUUUACAUUUUGCAUAAUAUACUAAUGAAUGAUAACACUGUAUAUUAUAUAUACAUCAUAAUAGACCAUUGAGUAUUCAUUUUAAGCUAUUACAAUUUUACAAUACUCCUCAUAUAACCUUUUAUCUUUAUAAGAAUUCCAUUUUUUUUUUAUAUAUAUAUUCAUAUAUAUUAUUACUAAUUAUUAUUUUAUAUUAUUUUUAAAUUAGUUAUUUAUUUUGUUACUUUAAUUCAAAUUAUUUGUUCUGUGUACCACUACGAUUAAAAUUUUUGAUUUCCAUGUUAUUAACUAUCAAAUAAAUAUAAAAGUACUGAAAUCUA